UUCUAAUGUCACAUUGAUACAAACAGGCGAUGUCUGAAGCCCAAACCUCUGGCGAGUGUCUCCCACCCUCUCUGACCCCUCCCCAUCCAGCCGACAGUCUGCGAGAUUGACGAGUAAUGGGGGGGUCCGCCUAGCGGGCAGCGGCACCACGCGCCGCUGCGCUGAAGCACGAGGCUGGUCGCUGACCUUGGUGCUGAAAAGCCUUCAGAGAAGCAUCACGAUCAGCAAAAAGCAAACUUCUCCCCUUCGUUUUUGUUCCGUCACUCACAGUGCUUUUGUUUUAAGGUUUUAGAUUUAGACUUCUUCAUUUUACAAACUUAUUAUUCCUUCAUUCUCGUGUUUGAAGUGAGCUUCGCUGGCUGUGCACCGAGAUGGGAACUCUCGCAGUGAGCACGAAGAGCGCGUUCUCCGUCAGUGUGAGGAGAGGGCCAGACCACUUCUGAUUUCUCUCAUAUGUAGGCGGUUUUUUUCCGCGCGCUCCGUCUGUUUCUGAAGACCCUCGUCGGUUUUUGUGCUCAUCUGUCUGCCUUCAUCUCGCAUGCGCUCGCGCUCUGUCCGGUAUGUCUGACCAGCUCGUUCCUGUAACAGCGACAGAAUAAAAAUAUUAAAUAAAAAUAAAAAAACAAACAUAAACGCGCCGAGGGAUUAUUACAUUUGAACAUGGAUACUCCGAAGGAGGCCGGUUUUACUCCCAACAAGGAGGGUCUGAAGCAGCUCGCGGGGAAGACCCUGGGACACAUGUACAAGGUGCUGGAGAGGCGUCAGAAGCCCGGGGAGAGUAUCGAACUGACCGAGGAUGGUCGUCCUGCCCCGAGCAGGGAGCGGAAGGCGCCUCUGUGCGACUGCACGUGCUUCGGGCUUCCGCGCCGCUACAUCAUCGCCAUCAUGAGCGGCCUGGGCUUCUGUAUCUCCUUCGGCAUCCGCUGCAACCUGGGCGUGGCCAUCGUCAGCAUGGUCAACAACAGCACGAUCCACCAGAACGGCAAGAUCAUCAUCAAGGAGAAAGCUAAGUUUAACUGGGACCCUGAGACAGUGGGGAUGAUCCACGGCUCUUUCUUUUGGGGUUACAUCGUCACUCAAAUCCCGGGGGGCUACAUAUCCUCCAGACUAGCGGCCAACAGAGUUUUUGGGGCGGCCAUCGUUCUGACGUCGACCCUCAACAUGUUCAUCCCCUCAGCUGCCCGGGUCCAUUACGGCUGCGUCAUCUUCGUGAGGAUAUUACAAGGGCUGGUGGAGGGAGUGACCUACCCAGCAUGCCAUGGAAUCUGGAGUAAAUGGGCUCCACCUCUGGAGAGGAGUCGCUUGGCCACCACUUCUUUCUGUGGGUCCUAUGCCGGGGCUGUCGUUGCCAUGCCUCUGGCUGGAAUUUUGGUGCAGUACACUGGCUGGUCCUCUGUGUUUUAUGUCUAUGGGAGUCUGGGCAUUGUAUGGUACAUGUUCUGGAUCUUGGUGUCCUAUGAGAGUCCAGCAGAACAUCCCACCAUCACUGACGAAGAACGCUGCUACAUUGAGGAGAGCAUAGGAGAGAGCGCCAAGCUGCUGGGCCCUGCAGAGAAGUUCAAGACGCCCUGGAGAAAGUUCUUCACCUCCAUGCCUGUCUAUGCAAUCAUCGUGGCCAACUUCUGCAGGAGCUGGACCUUCUAUCUGCUGCUCAUCAGCCAGCCGGCAUACUUCGAGGAGGUGUUUGGCUUUGAGAUCAGCAAGGUUGGCAUGCUGUCAGCUCUUCCUCAUCUGGUGAUGACCAUCAUUGUGCCCAUUGGUGGUCAAAUAGCAGAUUUCCUGCGCAGUAAGAACCUCAUGUCCACCACCAAUGUCAGGAAGAUCAUGAAUUGUGGAGGCUUUGGAAUGGAGGCUACUUUGCUGCUAAUAGUGGGAUACUCUCACAGUAAAGGAAUGGCCAUCUCAUUCUUAGUGCUAGCCGUGGGCUUCAGUGGCUUUGCAAUAUCAGGUUUCAAUGUCAAUCACUUGGACAUCGCUCCACGUUAUGCCAGUAUUCUCAUGGGCAUCUCAAAUGGAGUAGGAACCCUAUCAGGCAUGGUGUGUCCUCUGAUUGUGGGUGCUAUGACCAAAAACAAGACCAGAGAAGAAUGGCAGUACGUGUUCCUCAUCGCCUCUCUGGUGCAUUACGGUGGCGUGAUCUUCUACGGCAUCUUCGCUUCGGGAGAGAAACAGCCGUGGGCCGACCCAGAGCUAACCAGUGAAGAGAAGUGUGGCUUCAUCGAUGAAGAUGAGCUGGCUGAGGAGACCGGGGACAUCACCCAGAGCUACGGGGCCCUGGGCGGUCCGGCCAAGACAUAUGGGGCCACCACACAGAUGAAUGGAGGGUGGCCUGAUGGAUGGGAGAAACGAGAAGAAUAUGUACAAGAGGGAGCAGAGGAGGGAGGGUAUGGAUACAGGCAGGGUGGGGAUUACUCGUAGACCACACACACACAUACAACAUACAUGAUUGCAAACACAUGCACACAUCAACACUGUAGACUUAUUUUGUAGUGGUUGUGAGUUCUAAUAAAAAGAGUGCAAAACUGCUUAUAAAGUUGUACAAAGAAAAAAAUACACAUUGUCAUAUGUUUGCACAAAGGAAAAUAAUUAAAAAUAAUUCAAGCUAUAUUGAAAUUCUAAUAGAUAAAUAUUAAACAAUAUAUAUAUAGAGAGAGAGAAUACCUAAUACUACAGAGAGAUGUAAUACAUAUCAAAUUGGCAGAUUGUAUUUGUAAAUUGUCUAUGUUAAAAAAGAACAAGAGUGAACUUAUUUCAAGUGCAAUCAUGUGUAAUAUUGUGAAGCUGAUAUUUUCACCUCAUCAUUCUAUUAAAAAGUUUAGCUGCUGGUGUGCAGAACUACCAUGGCCUCAUGAAGGCUCAAAUAACAAAUCCAUAUAGAGCCAACACCAGCCAUAGAGAACCCUGUAAACCUGAACAAGGACACCAUUUUUCUCCAUUUCUUUUCGCAUCGCACUGCGAGAUCUCUGUGUAAAUGCACAAAACUAUGUCUGUUUCUAUUCCAUGAUGUGUUACUCAUUCAUCGUAGAUGUAAUGUUUCUGUGAGACUAAAGGGGAUUUGGGUCUUUGAUGCCACUUUUAGGAGCACAAUGAUAUUUCUAUAGAAAAUAAACAAUAGUAAUGUUGUGUUUACCAUAGACCUUUAGCUUUGUAGCUAAUGGCUGUGGAAUUGUAAGGUUUUAAGGCUAAGAGUGGAAGAUCUACAGCCAAGCUAACUCAUAAGCUCAAAUUUUCAGCAUAAAAUUGAGGUGUAUCAAGAAAAGAUGAGAUUACUAGUCAGAAAAAAGACAAAAAAUAUUCUAAGGCUAUGUUCACAUACAAGCUUUAUUGUUGAAAUUUUUGCUCAGAUUUGCUUUCUAACUCAUAUUCGUGUAAGUGACUCAGAUCUGUCAUUGUGAAUUAAACUGUGUCCUGAAAUGACUUGAAUGAACACAUACCAAUCAAUACUGUCACAUGAAUAAACCACAUUCAUAAUGAACAACAAACAACCUAACCAGCACAACAAGCUUUCAUUGUAAAGACAUUUUGCUCUGAACAGCUCUUAUUAGAGCAAAAUGAGGGCGAAAAAGGGUCAGAUGCAUUGCUUUUGUAGUGGUUACUGACAAUGACUUUAGGUUAGCCACUGCUGCAUCCUUAACAUUGAAUGA